AAGACAUAUUUCAGUACAACGCGUUUGGAAGCUUUUUCUAAGACAGCGUUUCUCCACCAUGGCAGGUUUGAAAAUAUGUGGACCAACUCCCAGAAUUCUCCAGCCAGCAUGCUGGUUGGGGAAAUUCUGGGAGUCCAAGUUCCACACUUUGCCAAGGUUGAGAAGCACUGAACUAAUGCUUUGAUUUAUUUUUAAUUUAAAGUUUUCAGUCUAAAAUAAAUCUUUAGCAACUUGAAAAAAAGAAAAAACCAAGCAAAAGCUCAAAGUUCAGGCCUCAAAGUUCUUUUAAAAACAUAAAAACUUGUGCGAGACAGGGAAACCCUCUUCUCCCGGCGUUUAGGGGGAAGCCCAAAACAUGCGAAGCGAGAACCGCUGUAGAAGGCACGUGCAAAGGGCGGGGAACCCAGGCUGCCGCCGCUGCGCCGCCGCCUUUUUUUUUUUUUUUUUUUGCUACGCGAGAAAGAGAUCAGUGGCGUGGAGGGAAUCUGAUUGCUCGUGAGCUAACGCAGGGGUGUCUCGUUUAUAGGCAGGCGGGGGAAUCAUCUGACAUCCACGUCAAAGCGGAGCACUCGUGUGUGGAUUCCCGUACAGCCUCCAUUCACGGCUUGGAGAGUUGUGGAUUCCAAGCGUAGCUCACUCUAGCGAGCGAGCAUGAAAUCUCUCCCUCUCGAGCGUGAUCAAACGGAGCUACUCCAUCGGGGGACGCCACUAUGACUUCCACCACCACGCAAUUUCCACUAUCAAUAAUUUAACCGGCAUUUGCGGCGCAAGCGGAACCAGGGGGGCGGGCGGGGGAGGAAAGGGAUGAGGACGCCUCGCGAAAGAGGUUUGGGCAAGAAGGUGGGGAGUUUUGAUUUGAAACCCAUUCUUUGGCGUUUUAAAUGCUAUUUUUCAUUUCCAACCAACUCCACCACCCAAGCCGGAGGUUGCCAUCCAGGCAUCUCCCAUGCCAGCUCUCGGCGGUGUCUUGCGAGGCUAGGCGCCUAAAAGAGGGGAAAGAGCGAGCGAGCGAGCGCAAGUUCCACCAAGUGAAAAGAGUGAUGACCAUCCUUUUCCUUACUAUGGUUAUUUCAUACUUGAGUUGCAUGAAAGCUGCCCCCAUGAAGGAAGUUAGUAUCAGAGGACAAGGCAGCUUGGCUUAUCCUGGUCUUCGGACACAGGGAAAUCUGGAGACCCUCGGUGGGCCCAAUGAUGCCACCAGAGGAUUAACAUCUUUGGCAGACACUUUUGAACAUGUCAUUGAGGAGCUCCUGGAUGAACAACAGGUCAUUCAACCCAGCAAGGAAAAUAAGGAUGCAGACUUGUACUCAUCACGGGUGAUGCUAAGCAGUCAAGUGCCUUUGGAGCCUCCUCUGCUUUUCCUGCUCGAGGAGUAUAAAAACUACUUGGAUGCUGCAAACAUGUCCAUGAGGGUCCGGCGCCAUUCUGACCCUGCUCGCCGUGGGGAACUGAGCGUGUGUGACAGUACUAGUGAGUGGGUGACAGCAGCUGAAAAAAAGACUGCAGUAGACAUGUCUGGAGCAACGGUUACAGUCCUGGAAAAAGUCCCAGUGCCCAAAGGCCAAUUGAAGCAAUAUUUUUAUGAGACCAAGUGCAGCACGAAGGGUUAUGCAAAAGAAGGCUGUAGGGGCAUAGACAAGAGGUACUGGAAUUCCCAGUGCCGAACUACUCAGUCUUACGUCCGCGCUCUCACCAUGGAUAACAAAAAGAGAGUUGGAUGGCGCUUUAUAAGAAUAGACACUUCCUGUGUUUGUACACUGACCAUAAAAAGGGGAAGAUAGUGGAUUCAUGUUGGAUAGAUUAUAUUGAGACAAAAAUUAUCUAUUUGUAUAUAUACAUAACAGGGUAAAUUAUUCAGUAAGAAAGAAAAAUAAUUUUAUGGACUGCAUGUAUAAAGGAAGUUUAUACAGUACCGUGGUUCCACACUCUAUUUAUUGAACAUGUCCAUGACCUAAAAGGGAACAAAAGGAAAAAAAAAUCCAUUUGCGCACAACUUUUAAAACAAACAAAAUUGCAUUACAUUCCUCUAACAUUGUGAUUUGUUGCCGUUGCCAAGAAUUGAAAACUUAAAAAAAAAUUAAAAAAAUAAAAUUGCAUGCUGCUUCAAUUGUGAAUUGAUGAUAAACUGUCCUCUUUUCGAGAAAAAAAAAUUGAACCAAAACAUUCCGUUUACAUUUUAGACAGUAAGUAUCUUUAUUCCUGUUAGUAUUAUAUCUGUUAACUGCUUUUAAAUUCUGGUAGCGUUGGAAUUAAAAUAAUGUCAAGGUGCUGUUGUCAUAGUUUUCCUGUUGACCUUUUUUUAAGUUUAAAAUUCCCACAUGCUUUUGAAAGAGGAGAGACCCUUCUCUCUGCCAUUGACAUAUAUGUUCUGGAGAAACAAAUUCGGGAUAUAUUUUUUUUGUUUUGUUUUUGUAUGUUGUGAAGGUGUUUGCAAUAUCAAAUCAGACUACUGAAAAAAAAAUAAAGAAGAGGCAACUAAAAAUAGUCAAUGUUGAUCUUCUGCCCAGUGCUCUUUUCUAGUCUACACUACAAGCUAUCCUUCCAUUUUGGUUACAGACCAUGGGGAUUUCUUGAAUUUUGCUUGUAACAGCCUUUUCCAUCCUUCAGCUAGGUGGAGACUACAUCUCCCAGAAUCCCCACUUAAAGCUGCUUUCCCAGCACAUCUGGAGGUCACCAGGUUGACAAGUGCUGGUUUCUAAGACAUUGUUUCAUGUCCGGGUUACCUAUGGGGUCUUAUUAUCUUGGGAAGCAAAAGCAUCCUAGUCUUUUUCAGAUGUAAUUUUUUUCCUCUCCCAAGGUGUUGGGAACAAACAUUAUAUUUCAAUCAAACAUGGAAGAACCACACAUGCAUUGAUAUGCAUCCAUUAUUCUUGAUGGCAGAUAGUAUCAAGCUUUAAUAGGUGCCUCUAUUGAUGGGGAUGGAGAAUAAUAUCCCCAUAGGAAAGUCACUGGCCAUGCAGCCAGAGCUUUAUCGGGACAACUAAUUUAUUGUGAUUGGAACACCGGUAUUGUUAAAGGACAUUAGUAAAUCCCAACAAGGAAAAAUAAACUGAACAUCUGAUCAUAUUUGUGCAAAAAUGAUUAAGAUAUCAUUAUUAUUGUAAUGACAGCCCUAUACAGCACUUACUGAGGGUUUAUAGCUAAUUGGUGUCUGUUCACAAUGGCAGGUGUAGUAAUCUCAACUGAAUAGCACCCAUGGAAACUCAAUGAAACAGUAAAGGAGAUCCAUGAGAUAUUAUACACACAGUACAGCCUGAUCUUAAAAUAAAAGUAAUGUCUAGAAUAUUUUUCAAGUAUCGGCUUUCUGUACUGUGAAACCAUUCAGGCUGGAAGGAGUGGCUCUGAAAUCAGAAAGACGGAGCCUUCUACCUCAAAACCUAACUACCUGUUGCUUUUAAAUAUGGCUAUAUGCAUCUAUGUCUUUCUAAAGGGUAGCACAAAAUAGCCUUAACUCCUACAGGGAGCUUUGAUUUAAAAUCCCUAAACGAUGGGAUACAGACCUGGCAUCGGUUGUAUGCACUUUAAUUAUAGCUAGAUUUCAGUGGGAUGCACAUGCAAGGAGCUGACCACAGAAUUAAAGCCUUAGGCCAUGGAUAAUGAUAAACAAAUCCAACACAACCCAGAACACAAAUAGUCAAUUAGUCUAAUAUAUAUACAAGUAUUCUUAUUCUUGCAAGAAGUUUGAAGAAUUUUUUUCCCAGCCUGUCUCAUAUGAUCCAUGUAUUAAAAUGCACACAGUGUUAUUUAGUAUCUAGCAUUAUUUCACAGCAACAAGCCAUGCUUUCCAGAAUGAUUUGUUUUGCUACAAAUAGACCCUUGAUAUGAGAACCAUAUAAAUAGGUGAAGGAGGUUUGGACUGUACCACUUCAGACUGCAGGUGGAAUACCUCCCCACACGCCAUUCCUGAAGAAAGUCAGCAAGAAGGCUAAGCGAAAGCACUACUCUUUGACUAAGUUGUUUCCUGUGAGGAUGAGAUAGAGAAGCCUAAUACAGUUUUAGACAUAGAUUUUUUUGGAGGGGGUGUGUUUUUAGUGUUUGGGUGAAUGAGGCUAGCGAUACUAAGAUAAUAUUUUAUUUCUUGACCAAAACCUGCAUUUUUAAAAAAAGAUUAAAAUCUCAGAAUGUGUCUUACUUAAAGCAACGGUAAUUUAGGUUAGCAGCUACUGUAAUUCCAACAAUUUUAUUUAAACGUGGAAACUAGUCAUCCCAUAUCGUUAACAUGCAAGUGUAGAGUUACCAAAAAGAAAAUGUGGACACUGACAAAAUCUAAGUAUAUAUUCUUUAAAAAGAAAGAAAGAAACUAAAAUAGCAAAGCUUUUUACUGGCUUCUAAUAUUUGAAAAAUAGGAUUGAUUCUGAUUAAACUGUACAUGCUUUCCCUUAGACAUGAGUUUAGUAUUAAAGUAAACCAAUGCUAUUGAUCAAUGCCACUAAGCAGUAGAUACCAUUUCAUUAUUCAACAAUAUCUGCCUAAAGUCAGGCAGUCAAAUGGUUGUUAAAGCAAAAUAAAUGCAAAUGGUUGUUAAAGCAAAACAUUAUCCUUUGUAAGGGAAGAUGGAGCUGGAGCUGGAUUAUAUUUUCCAGCCUCUAACCAUCCCUUUCUUUAACUUUCCUUUAGACCAGGGGUCUCCAACCUUGCCAACUUUAAGCCUGGUGGACUUCAACGCCCAGAAUUCCCCAGCCAGCUUUGUUGGCUGGGGAAUUCUGGGAGUUGAAGUCCUCCAAUCUUAAAGUUGGCAAGGUUAGAGACCCCUGCUUUAGACCUAUGAUAAUACCAUAUUAUUACGAAAUGGCAAAGCAUCUCUGUUAUAACAAUCCCUAUUACAUAAAUAAGAAGAUUGUAUAAAACCAUUCCAUUUAAGAAGGUAUUUUUGUUCACACAACUGAGAGCAGAAAUAGAAAGGAAGCCUUGUAGUCUCGGAGAUCGUUCCAUAGCCUGAUUUUCUUAAGUCUAUUAGCUUAAAUUUUCUUUCUGUGUGCUAAUGUUACAUAAUCCUCUUAACUACAGUACACAGAUUCAAAUAAUCAUAUUCACACAAAAAUGUAUUUCCCUCCAACUCCGCCAUAUGAAUAAUUAGGGAUUACUAAAAUAAGCCACCCAAAUUCCCUUAAGUCAUGAGCAACAACUGCAGUCUGAAAGAGUUAAACAUAAUCAAAACUGUAUAUCAAAUAUGCUCUGUUAGUGGGACCUGUGAGGGAGGAAUCUAGAACAUAUUUAUUUUAUUUAUUUAUUAAAUUUAUAUGCUUCCCAUCUUGCUAUCCAUGGUGAUUUUGGAUAGACGUAAACUUACUCUGAAUUAAAAGUGUUUAAUUUUUAACAGUGAAAAGAAAUGAAUUGACCAAGAGCAAUUAGAAAUUUCUAGAAUUAGUCUGCAUUAAAGAAAUAUCCCUUUAAUAAGAAGAGGGUGAUUCUAUCCCUCUGUUUAUAAUAAUGAACUAUUAUCUCACUAAUAGUUAUGAAAUAAUAAUAGAAACAGUAACAGCAACUUUUUCCUAGUAUAAGAUGCCUCCUAAGACAUUGGAGAGUAGAAAAUGAGACCCAGAAUGAUAUAGGUUUAUAAACCUUUCAAAUUUAACUCUAACUUCCUCACGUUGCUGUUGGGUUCCUAUUUUAUCCAGCAAGAAGGAUGAGGAUGAAGAAGAAUGAGAACUUAAUAUGAAGGUGCAGUUCAUAUAACUAGUAGUAGUAAACAUAGACUAAUAGCUGCAUUUAGAAAUGUGCAAAUAGUCACGGGUCUUCACUAGAGUACAGAAACAUUAAAGAAUUUGCUAUGCAACAAAUUGGCAUUUUAUGAAUUAAGUUUCCUAAACAUGGCAAUUAUUUUUAAGCUUUUCCUCCCCGCCCGGCCCCAUCACUAUUUUUAACACCCAUGGUUAUGCUAGGCCAGACCUGCUAUUGCAAAAUACACUACAACAGGCUUGGCAGUUUUAGUGGAACUGAGAUUUCAAAAAUGUCAGUCAGUUGACGUUUUGCUGUGUUUUGUCUGUGGCGGAAAUAUUUCAUUGUCAUUGGCCCUAUUGUUUUGUUUUGGAAAAAAAAUAAUUGGAAAUGUAAGUUAAUGUUUGUGGCCUUGUUCUCUCUUAUUCUCCAUGUAUAACAGAUAUUUAUUGUAUAUUUAUAUAAUUUUAUGGGACUUUUUUGGAAAAAAAUGAAUCUGGCAUUAAAUCUUACAAGAUCUGCAUCACAUUGUAAAUAUAAUUAAGCUAUAUUUAAAUGUACUGAUUAACAUAUAAUAUAUGUUUAAAUAUAGAUGUUUAUGUUUUUAAAUAUCAUAUAUAUAUGUAUAUAUAUAUACACACACAUAUACAUACAUAUAUAUGUAGACAAAAAUACCCUUGGCUUUUUGGGACCAUGUGACUUUUCUCUAAUUGUAAACCAAACAUGAGUUUUACAAAGAAUAUGUGUGUUCUUUUUUCCCGAAACAAAUCUACUUUUAUUUUAACAAUAAAAUCUUCUUGGU